CAUAUUCCCUUAGCACGCCAGGCGUGGCUAUCGCGGUCGGAGGCCGCCCCAGAAUCCCGCCGGAACCCCCGCGUCUGGGGGUUUGAAGCCCGCGCUGACGGCCUUUCAGCGCUGCCCGCAUGGUCUCCAUCUGCGCUCUCCUUGCCUCCCUGGCCUGAACGCUUCCUCCCACAUACCACCCUCGGCUGUCCAGAUUUAUGGACAAGAAGUUGUCAUUGAAAUUAAAUGGCGGUAGACAUGUCCAAGGAAUUCUGCGGGGAUUUGACCCAUUUAUGAACCUUGUGAUAGAUGAAUGUGUGGAAAUGGCAACUAGUGGGCAACAAAACAAUAUUGGGAUGGUGGUAAUACGUGGAAAUAGCAUCAUCAUGUUAGAAGCCUUGGAACGAGUAUAAAUACAGUGACUGUUCAACAAGAUUGUUCAACAUGUCCCCUCUUCCACUGCAUCUUUUCACUUUGAUAUAAAAAUUAGGUUAUGUACAUUUUCUUACUGAGUUUUGUUAAAUAAACUUUUGUAAUAGUCAAAAAUA